UUCAAUUUACAAUUCAACCGUUUCUCCGUGUUGAACUCUCUCCUGCGCUUUAUAAAAUAUCAAUCUAGGGCUUGGGUUGGCUUCUCAGAUUCUGCUUCAGGAAAUCUAUUUUCUUCAUCUUCCAUCUCUCUCUCUCUCUCUGUUCCUUCAUUGCAUCUCAGAUCUUGGAUUGACCGUACAGAUCGUUGACCUUUCCUGAAUCGGAAUCUGGGUUCGCCUAAAAAUCAAACCUUUCUCCUUCGAGGAGCUCGAGACUGACAAUUUAUAUCGAAAAGGCUGAGUCUUUGGAUUUGGGUGAUGAACUAGUAUGUGACUGAUCGUCACACGAACACAAGAAUAAGAGAUGACGCUUUACAUUCGUCGCGAAUCUUCAAAGCUGUGGAAGAGAUUUUGCUCGGAGAUAACGACGGAGAUCGGACUCCUCGCUGAGAACUGGAAGUACCUUGUCGCUGGUAUUAUCUGUCAGUAUAUUCAUGGUUUAGCUGCUAAAGGAGUUCAUUAUAUUCAUCGCCCUGGUCCGACUCUCCAGGAUCUUGGCUUCUUUCUUCUUCCGGAGCUUGGUCAAGAGAGAAGCUACAUAAGUGAGACUGUGUUCACUAGUGUAUUUCUUUCUUUCUUCCUGUGGACUUUCCAUCCAUUCAUACUGAAAAGCAAAAAGAUAUACACCGUCUUGAUUUGGUGCAGAGUUCUUGCAUUCUUAGUUGCUUGUCAGUUUCUCCGUGUGAUAACAUUCUAUUCAACUCAGCUUCCUGGCCCAAACUAUCAUUGUCGUGAGGGCUCUAAAGUUGCCAGGAUGCCAUGGCCUAAAAACCCUCUUGAAGUUCUCGAGAUUAACCCUCAUGGGGUGAUGUACGGAUGUGGAGACCUGAUUUUCUCAUCGCAUAUGAUCUUCACGCUUGUCUUUGUCCUUACUUACCAGAAGUACGGUACCAAAAGGUUCAUAAAGCUGUUUGGGUGGCUCACUGCUUUCGUGCAGAGCCUCUUGAUCAUUGCCUCCCGUAAACAUUACACUGUCGAUGUCGUUGUUGCAUGGUAUACUGUGAAUCUUGUGGUGUUCUGUCUAGACAAGAAAUUGCCAGAGUUACCAGACCGGACUACGGUGUUGCUACCGGUGAUCUCGAAGGACAGAACGAAAGAAGAGAACCACAAGCUGUUGAAUGGGAACGGUGUUGAUCCUGCUGACUGGAGACCAAGGGCUCAAGUGAACGGGAAGAUAGAUACCAACGGAGUUCACUCUGAUAACUCAAUCAAUGGCGCAUGAGACUUGGGACAAGAUCUCUAUAUAUAUGAAAAAAGCUAAUCAAUGGUGUCAUGAAGACAACAUGUUGGUUUCUGUAAGGGUGGUAAAGUUUUGUUUUUGGUCAUUGUUCCAGAAAAGAAGAACACUCAUAGAGAGACAAGUGGUGGGGGUUAUGAUGCUAUUUUGUACAUGUUUCGAGUUACUUAUUCCCCAAGUAAUCAUCUUUUGUUGGAUCAUGUUUUUGUUUUCAUUUAUUGUCAAUUUUGUUAUUAGAAACUGUAUUGAUCUUUGAAACUUUGUUAUGCAUGUGGUUGUUUCCCUCUAAAGCUUAAACAUUUGCACAUUC